AUGCCGAGAUCCUCCUCCUCCACCUCCACCCCCGGCUCCGGCUCGGGCUCCAAACCCAUCCUGGGGAGGGCGAUGGCCACCAUCCUGGCGCUGCCGCUGACCCCGAUCUCCAAGGCGAAGCUGGGCCUGCUCCUCUUCAAGAAGCGCGCCUCCUCCGCGUCCGCCGCCGCCAGGCGCUGCUGCUGCAGCUACAAGCCGUUCCGCCACUACAACUACGCGUACGUGGGGGAGUACCAGUUCUCGCCGUCCCGCUCCCCGCUCCUCCGGGCCCCGCCGGGCCCCCCCGGCGUCACGGCCUGGCGGAGGGCCGCCGCCAAGAGGCGCCGGAGCAGGGCCAGGGUGAUCCUCGCCUCCCUCUUCUGCGGCGCCGACGAGCUCGACGUCGCCGUGCUCGACGGCCUCCAGGCUCGUCGGGGCGGCGACGCCGAAGCGCGCGGGGACAGGGACCAGCUGGUGCUCGCCCCGGCUCUCGAGUGGGGGCGCGAGCGCGACGACGAUGCCUACGCCUACAACGACGACGAUGGCGACGAGGAGGAGGAGGAGGCGGAGGUGGUGGUGGACUACGGGGAGGAAGGGGACGAGGAGGUGGACGGCCGCGCGGAGCGCUUCAUCCAGCGGUUCUACGAGGAGAUGAGGCUGCAGAGGCAGCGCUCGCUCGUCCAGCGCCGGCUCUAG